AUGAUAAAGACCGAGUUAUCAACUUUAACUCAAUCAAUGACUCAUUAUUUCUACAUAAUCGGUGUUUUUUUAGUCAUUGCACUUCAGCAGAAGAUGGAAGUUGCGUUUACUACAAUGUUGACAGAAAUAGUUCAAUUGUUCAACGAAAGUUCUGUUGUACGAAAUGCGAAAGCUCUAAAAAUGGACAUUUUUCAUAUACAAAAGUUGAUCCAAAUAACAUAA